AUGACUGGCAAAACACAGACCAGCAAUGUCACCAAUAAGAAUGACCCAAAGUCCAUCAACUCCAGAGUCUUCAUUGGUAAUCUGAACACAGCUAUUGUCAAAAAAGGCGACAUUGAAGCAAUCUUUGCAAAGUAUGGGAAAAUAGUUGGCUGCUCGGUGCACAAAGGUUACGCGUUCGUACAGUACAUGAGCGAGAGGCACGCGAGGGCUGCAGUGGCAGGAGAGAAUGCCAGGAUCAUUGCAGGGCAGCCACUAGAUAUUAACAUGGCAGGAGAACCAAAACCAUACAGACCAAAACCUGGCAACAAGCGGCCACUUUCAGCACUUUACAGACUUGAAUCAAAGGAGCCUUUCCUGUCCGUUGGUGGUUAUGUCUUUGAUUAUGAUUACUACAGAGAUGAUUUCUACAAUCGGUUGUUUGAUUACCAUGGCCGUGUCCCCCCACCGCCCCGUGCAGUGAUUCCACUCAAACGUCCCCGUGUGGCUGUGACAUCAACUCGUAGAGGCAAAGGGGUUUUCUCCAUGAAGGGAACAUCACGAUCCACUUCAAGUGGGGCUUCUUCCUCAGGAUCCAAAUCACCCACCCGUCUUCCCCUGCCCCUUAUGUGGAGUGAUACUGUCCUUGGAAACGUGACUGGAAGAGGAAGAGAAAGAUCAGUGAAAUCAGAUGAGUUGCAAACGAUCAAGAAAGAAUUAACUCAAAUCAAAACAAAAAUUGACUCCUUGCUAGGGAGACUGGAAAAGAUUGAAAAGCAGCAAAAAGCUGAAGCAGAAGCCCAAAAGAAACAAAUGGAAGAUAAUGCUGAUUUGAUUCAAGAGGAAUGCAUAUCAGAGAAUGCAGAUAACUCUACGGAAGAGCCAAUUGAAGGAGGGCCAGAUGCAGAUGGGGAUGGAGAAGAUAUGACUGAUGGGAUAGAGGAGGAUUUUGAUGAGGAUGGCAGCAAUGAGCUGGCUGUAUUGGCUGAUACAGAAUUUUUUGAUUGA